AUGGCGACCGCAAAAGGAGAUUUGGAUAUGGAAGCUAUGGAGACCGAGUUCUUAGGACUUCAAGUUAAUCCAAAGGAUUGCCAAAGUCAGGAUAUUUGUAUAUCACCAUCUCAAGUUAAGAACAAAGCCGGAGGUUAUGUUUACAAAACGGAUCCAGAGACGCAGUUAAUCAGAUUAAUUGAAGAAGGCUCUGGUGAAAAGGUCGUUCAAAUUAUCAAAGAAUUCUCCGAAAAAGGCCGUGCUUACAGACAGGACACUGUCUUGUUCGCAUUAGCAGUUUGUUGCAAAUCUAAUGACUCCGAAACAAAAUGUGCUGGUGAUUUUAUGAAAAGUGAAAGAAAGAAACCGAAUUUUUGUACUUCCUCUCUUGCAGAUAUCGUUGAAUAUUUAGACAAAGUCGAAGAUGCAAAAAAAUCGAAAAACCUGAAAAUUAUUGUGGAGCUCAUAUUAAAGUACAAACUAGUUCGUGAGCAUAUUCCAACUUGUUUUCUGAAUGAGAAAGAUGUCUGGAAAGCUCUCAUUAAACAUAUGCCAAUGACGGCAAUGAUGAGAAAUCUGGGAAAGAUGUCCAGCUUAAACCUUUUUCGAACGAAAGCGGAGGCCCUUAAUGAAAUAUCAUUUGAAGAGCAAAUAGUAACAAACAAACUGAAAAACAGAGAACUUAUUCACAAAGCAAAGAUCCACCCGUACUCUUAUUUAGUGGCACUUAGUAAGUACAGACAAGGAAUGGCAAAGAAUGUAAAUUUGAGUUGGCCAGUUUGUCCUCAUAUUGCUGAUGCUCUGGAAGAAGGAUUCUACCUUUCUUUUUUGAACAUAACGCCGACGAAAAAGCAUUUUCUACUGGCUCUUGAUGUCACAUGUGAUACGCAUUUGCCCGAGAACGUUUGUGAGGUUGACGCACAUCAUCUUUCGGCACUUGAUGCUGCUAUCUUCAUGAUGGUCCAAAACGCAAGAACAGAGCCAUUUUGUGAGACAAUUCUAUUCUCAAAUGAUGAAAAUAUCUCUAUUUCUGUCAAUCCGAGUGAAUCAUUUCAUGAUCUUAAACGCAAAGUACGUGAAAAAAUUAGCAAUCCUAGGUCUCCAAAGUCUGAUGUUUCACUUCCUUUCAAAUAUGCUUUAGAAAGAAGAAAAAUUGUUGAUGUCUUUGUGAUUUUUACAAACGUGGAUAAAUCUCUAGGCAACGUCCAUCCUACACAAGCAAUGAAAUUUUAUAAAGAAUCAUCGGGGAAGAAAGAUACAAGGCUUAUCGUCUGUGAGAUGGCAUCUUCCAUCCAUUCUGUUGGGGAUAUCGAAGAUCAUUUUACAUUGACAGUGUCAGGCUUUGAUUCUCAUGUACCAAAAUUGAUUAAUGACUUUGCCCUAAAAAUUAUUUGA